CUGAUAGACGGCACUGACUGGCAUCACUGCUGGGCACUGACUGGCGGCACUGACUGGCACAACCGCUGGGCACUGACUGGUGGCACUGACUGGCAGCACUGCUGGGCUGCACUGGUGGGUGGCACUGGUGGGCAGCACUGGUGGGUGGGCACAGGUGGGUGGCACUGGUGGGCACAGGUGGGCAGAACUUGCGGGUGGCACUGCUGGGCACCGAUCAUCAGGGCACUGAUCAUCAGUGCCCUGAUGAUCGGUGCCGAUCCCCGCUCUGACAACUGCCGGUUCUCGGCAGUACUUUCCUCAUGAUCUGACAGCGUGAGGAAAGUGCAGCCGAGAACCGGCACUUGCAU